UCCGGCACCUACUUGUUGGGUGUUCGCGCAGCCGAGCGGCGAGCGGAGUUGCAACGGGGCGCUGGUGCUGCUGCUGCUGCUGCGGUGGCGGCUGCUGCUACGACUGAGCCCUCGGCGGCGGGCGGAUCGAGGCUGACGGCGCUGCCCGCUCCGGCCCGCGGCUGCUGCGGAGCGCAAGGGCUGGCCCGCGGUGCAAGGCAAGGGCGGCCAGCCGGUGCCCGCCGCACCGCCGCCGAUGCGAGUCCCCCUCCUGGCCGCGGCCGGUCGAUGGCUCGUCGAGUGCUCGCCUGUCUUCUCUGAGCCGGCGGCGGCGGCGUUCAGCGGGGAGCAGCAGGCAUGCCGGAUCGUGGCGGGCGGCCCCGGGCUCUCCUCGCCGCGGCGCUUCGGCUGGGGCUGCUCCUAACUUCGUGGGCGCAGGUCUCGGAGGCUUCGGGCUAUUUCGAGGUGCAGAUUAACUCGGUGAAGAAUGUCAACGGCGAAUUGUUGAAUGGGGAAUGUUGCGACGGGGUGAAAAACCCGCGGAACUUGGACUGUACCCGGGACGAGUGCGAUACUUACGUGAAAGUCUGCUUAAAGGAAUACCAGUCCAAAAUCACGCCUACGGGCGCCUGCAACUACGGCUCCGGAUCUACUCCCGUGCUCGGUGGAAAUACUUUUUAUCUGACCAAUCGCAAUUUGCAUCAGGGCAAAAACCACGACGGGGGCAGGAUUGUCAUCAAUUUCCAGUUUGCCUGGCCGAGAGCUUUCACAUUAAUAAUAGAAGCCUGGGAUUUGGAUAAUGAGACGAAAGCUGACGAAGGCGAAUUCAUUGACCGAGCGUCAUACGCUGGAAUGAUCAACCCUGAGGAUCGAUGGCAGACACAGCCUCUCAACGGCCACGUUGCUCAUUUCGAAGUCCAAAUCAGGGUGAAAUGUGAUGAAAACUACUAUGGCCCGCAGUGCAAUAAAUUCUGUGGCCCUCGUGAUGACUUCGUGGGCCACUACACAUGUGACCAAAACGGAAACAAAGCUUGUAUGGAAGGCUGGAUGGGUAAAGAUUGCAAACAAGCUGUUUGUAAACAAGGAUGUAAUUUAAUCCGCGGGGGCUGCGCUGUACCUGGAGAGUGCAAGUGUAACUAUGGCUGGCAAGGACAGUUCUGUGAUGAGUGUGUCCCCUACCCAGGCUGUGCUCAUGGGAGUUGCAAUGACCCGUGGGAGUGCAAAUGUGAAACCAACUGGGGUGGGCUGCUGUGCAACAAAGACUUAAACUAUUGUGGAAAUCACCAUCCGUGUGUGAAUGGUGGAACCUGUAUGAACACAGAACCUGAUGAAUAUAGCUGUGCUUGCCAAGAUGGUUACUCUGGAAAGAACUGUGAAAUUGCUGAGCAUGCUUGUGUAUCAAAUCCUUGUGCUAAUGGUGGAACCUGCCAUGAAAUUUCAUCAGGGUUCAAAUGCCAGUGCCCGUCAGGAUGGAGUGGACCAACGUGUGCCAUUGAUAUUGAUGAGUGUGCAUCUAACCCUUGCGCCAGUGGCGGAACUUGUGUUGAUCGCAUUAAUGGGUUUGAAUGUAUAUGUCCACAGCAGUGGAUUGGGUCAACCUGUCAGCUUGAUGCUAAUGAGUGUGAAGGGAAACCCUGUCUUAAUGCUCAUUCUUGCAAAAAUCUUAUUGGUGGAUAUUACUGUGACUGCAUUCCGGGAUGGAAAGGACUAAAUUGUCACAUCAAUAUUAAUGACUGUCGUGGACAGUGUCAAAAUGGCGGGACUUGUAAGGAUGAGGUGAAUGGCUAUCGUUGCUUGUGCCGUCGCGGUUUCACCGGAAAGAACUGUGAAAUAGAACUUGACGAAUGUGCAAGCACCCCAUGUCAAAAUGGAGGACGUUGUGAGGAUCUGGCCAACGGAUUCCGCUGCCUGUGCCUGCAGGGCUUUUCGGGAGAAUUCUGCGAGAUGGAUAUCGACCUCUGCAAGCCUAAUCCUUGCCAAAACGGUGCUAAAUGUUACGAGCUGAGGGGUGAUUAUUACUGCGCUUGUUCUGACGACUACGAUGGAAAGAACUGCUCUCACCUCAAGGACCACUGCAAAAAUAAUUCUUGCAAAGUUAUCGACAGCUGCACAAUUGAGGUUUUCACAAAUGCUACCCAGAAAGGUGUUCGCUACAUCUCAUCCAGUGUGUGUGGGCCCCAUGGACGGUGUAUCAGUCAACCAGGAGGCAACUUCACUUGCGCCUGUGAAAAGGGCUUUAUUGGAGCGUAUUGUCACGAGAAUAUCAAUGACUGUCUUGGGAAACCUUGCAAGAACGGUGGGACUUGCAUCGAUGAGGUGGACUCUUUUCGGUGCUUCUGUCAGAAUGGCUGGGAAGGAGAAUUGUGUGAUAUCAAUGUCAAUGACUGCUCGCCGAAUCCAUGUCGUCAUGGAGGCCGGUGCAUCGACUUAGUGAAUGACUUCUAUUGUGAAUGCAGAAAUGGCUGGAAAGGCAAGACAUGCCAUUCACGUGAAUACCAAUGUGAUGCAAAUACUUGCACUAAUGGAGGGACAUGUUACGAUGAUGGUGAUACCUUUCGAUGCUCAUGUCCUCCGGAAUGGAAGGGAAGCACAUGCAAUAUAGCUAAAAACAGCAACUGUGUUCCCAACCCUUGCCUGAAUGGUGGAACCUGUGUUGGCAGUGGAGACUCCUUUUCUUGCAUCUGUAAAGAAGGAUGGGAAGGGCGCACAUGCACCCAAAAUACUAAUGACUGCAACUCCCACCCAUGUUACAAUGGAGGCAUCUGUGUCGACGGAGUGAAUUGGUUUCGCUGUGAAUGCGCACCUGGGUUUGCUGGUCCAGACUGCAGAAUUAAUAUUGAUGAAUGUCAAUCCUCCCCUUGUGCAUAUGGCGCUACCUGUCUUGAUGAAAUAAAUGGCUAUAGGUGCACAUGCCCUCCUGGAAGAGCUGGAACGAGAUGCCAAGAAGUAAUAGGUUUUGGGAAAUCUUGCUGGCUUAAAGGCAUGUCCUUUCCCCAUGGCAGUAGAUGGGAUCAAGAAUGCAACAGCUGCCAUUGUUUGGAUGGCCGUGCCGACUGCACAAAGGUGUGGUGUGGUAGAAAAUCCUGCUUGUUUACCAAACAUCCGGACCAUGCAGCCUACCAGUGUCCCAAAGGUCAAGAAUGCCAAGAAAAAAUGUAUAUCAAAUGUUUCCAGCCUCCUUGUGCUGACUGGGGAGAGUGCAGUGAAUCGGACCCCCUACCUGUCAACGUCAAGUGCCGCCCCAGUUCGGGCUACUUGGACAACAACUGUGCCAGGAUCACUCUGAUUUUUAACAGAGACAAAGUACCCCAGGGCACAACCGUUGAAAACAUUUGCUCUGAAAUCCGAUACUUGCCAGUCACUAGAUCUGUUUCAAGUGACCGAAUGUUGCUGGUGUUGUGUGAUCCAUCCUACUCUAUAGAGAACGCAGUAGAAGUUGCUAUUUCUUUCAUCUCGCAUCAAGAUGAGACCGAUAACAGCCUUAUUCAGAACGCUGCCAAUACAAUAGUAAAUGCAAUUACCAAGCGGCAAAACAGCACAGUUAUGCUGGCAGUAACAGAAGUCAAAAUAGAAACCAUAGUAGUUGGGAGUUCUUCAUCAGACUAUCUGGUUCCAAUCCUCUGUGCGGUUUUUAGUAUUGUGUGGCUCACCUGUAUAAUAAUCUGUGUGUGGUGGACACGGAAGAGAAGAAAAGAGCGAGAGAGAAAUCCCCCAUCCAGAGAAGAGGCUGCCAAUAACCAGUGGGCACCUCUAAAUCCCAUAUGGAAUCCUAUAGACAGACCUUAUAGUCACAAAGACAUUCACUACGAACACAAAAAUUUUAUAUCUCAAAAAAGAACUUACGACGGGGUAGAAGAGUACACGGAGUAUGAGGAGGAGGAAGAAGAGGAGGAGAGGGAGGUCAAGGAAAGGGACAAAUUCCUCCCUCACAAACUCUCUAAGCCUUUGUCAACAAAGGUAGUUGACUCAUCUGAGAAUAGCCCUGUUAAAAAAUCUCUUCAGACAACCAAAAUGGACAACAGAUCUGUAAAAAAUGUGAACACAGCAAACCUUGAAGGCGGAAGAGACUAAAUCUGUAUCCGGACCAUAAGCCACGCCGGUCUGUGUUGAAUGGGGUCGGGGUGGGGAGACGGACAAUCUCCACUUUGCAUCAAGAACUUUAAAUGUCUGGGAGUCAAAUGUUCAUAGUUACUUUAUUUUCAGUAAAAAAAAUUAAAAUAAUAAAAUAAAAAAACCUGUUUCUUUUAGCCUUGUAUAAAUUAUUUGAUGACUGUCAGAUAGAGUAAUCUUUGAUCGUUGCUAUUUUUGUAAAUUUUACUUCGAAUACGCUUGCUGUAUGGCAGAAGGCAGAAGUUUAUAUUUUCUAUAAUUUCAUAAAGUUUAUCGUACAAUCUUCUACACUGUUUACAGCAUCCGUUUUUUUAGGCCUGUUACAACAGUGGCUUUAAAACCUCCGGGUUGAGGAAGUUGAUGAAAAGAAGUCACGCGGACAGUCUUUGAAUCCCACUUCCUGCCCUUACAAGUUCUUUCCUCCCUGAAAAUUUGCCUUUUUUUAAUUUAAAAAAAAAAACCCAGUCUGUGGUUGGGGGGGAAAAGUGGCCUUUUUAAGUUUAAGUCCAUUCGUUUUAUUUUCCUUUAGGACUGCAGUAUUGAAGCACGCGUCAAGUGCCUUGAAAAUUAAAAUAAAAAUUUUUCUAUAGCAACUGUCAAAGACUGCCAUGGCUAUCUAAGUUUACCACAAGAGGAUGCUUGGAAUCCUCAGACUGACACAGUUUAUUUUCAGAUUGUGAGAGUGCGUUUUUGUAAAUAUGUAUAUAUUUAAAUGAAUCACUUCUGUAUAUUUGAGUUAAUAACUUAAAAUAUUUUUGGUCUUUUUUUUAAAAAAAAAAGUCAUUCCUUUUUAAUUUAUGUCGCAGAAAGGGAAGUUUUAUGGCAGUUUCUAUAAAAUAAAACUUAUUUUGGUAUUAUGUCCAUAUUAGAAAGUGAUGUUCAUACAAUCAAAUGUCGGGAAUCCGUUGGUCUCUCUUUUGUUCUUUUCACUGUAUUGCCACAUUUCACAUGUAAAUAGAUCCAGGCUGUUUCCUCUCAUCUCAAGAAUGCAGAGAGUAAGUAUACUGUACAGUAUAAAGAUAACAAGACAAUAUUUUUUUUUCUUUUGUGAUUGUUUAUUACACAUGGUAUUGCUUUUUUUUUUUUGCAUUUUUUAAAAAAAUACAGGCCUAAUGAAGGGAACAAUAUUUUUCAUGCUUCUUGUUUCUAAUAUGCUUAUUCACCUCUUCUUUUUUCUUUUUUAAGAUGGGAAAACUCUGGCUGGAACUAGACGUUAUAGCAGGCACAUGGCUACCACCAAAAAAAGCAUCCGUGUCAUCUCCUCCCUUUUUCAUAGCUUGUGCAUGAUUCGCAUCACUCAUAACUUACGAUGUCACUGCGCUGAGAGGUUCCCUGUCUCUACACCACUUAAUUGGCUGCUACUUGUGGCGGUGGGGAAACUGUCAGCGUGAUGUCCUGUCUUGCCUAUUGCAUCACUUGAUGACAUGGGGGAGAAGGAGACUGAAGACUGCUUUUCUUGGCAGCAGCCCCACGUCUGCCACAACUUCCUGUUCCAUCUUACAAGAUGGAAUACCUCACGAGAAACGGUAAUUCAUAAAGGCUUCUGCAUUCUUCGUGAGUUUUUAAAGACUUUAUGGCUGUUAAAGAGAUGAGCUGUAUCUUUAUUUUAAUUAUUGGGAAAACUUAAUCCUACAUUAGCUGUCCUAUCAUUGAAAAGAAAAUUGACGUCUUGUCUGUUCCACUCACGCAUGCUCACACGCUCUCUCUUUCUCAACAUUUUGGCCGCUCAACAAUGUAACCCUGAAUGUUUUUUUUUUAAUUAGUUAUUUUAUACAUGAAUGCAGGAAUUGCUUUGCAGGAACUUCUGUGCAGUACAUUUUGUUUGACAUGUUCUUUGAUAGCUUUCGGAAGAAAACUAUUUAUUAAAGCAUUUUAUAACAAC